AUGAUCAAGCAGUUUCUGCGUGAUGUUGAUUGGGGAGAGGUUGACUACCUGUUGAUAGACACUCCACCAGGCACUUCUGAUGAGCACAUCUCUUUGGUGCAAUUCCUUCUGCAAGCAGGGAGUCUUGACGGUGCCAUCAUUGUCAGCACCCCACAGGAAGUGUCAUUGCUCGAUGUUCGGAAAGAGGUAAGCUUCUGUCACAAAACGAAGGUUCCUAUCCUGGGUGUUGUGGAAAAUAUGGCAAAGUUUGUUUGUCCACAUUGCAAUCAUGCCAGCAUACUGUUUCCUUCCACUACAGGAGGAGCGACAACUAUGUGUGAAGAAGGAAAAUUGCAGCUUCUUAGCCAGCUGCCGUUGGAACCUGCUCUUGCUCAAGCACUGGACAAUGGAGAAGAUUUCUUCGAAAAGUAUCCCGACUCAGCAAUGGCCAAAGCAUUCAUUGAAUUGGCAAAGAAGAUAGAGGUUUUAUUAGAGUAG